GACACGCGUUCCUUCCUCCGUUGGUUGGCUCGAGACUUGUCUAUUGUGUACAGUAGUGAGGCGAUGCCAGCCUGCCCGACCGGCAACUCCUCUCCGCCCCUCCCCGACUCCCCCAUGCCGCCGCCGCCGCCGCCCGCCGUCUCUCCCACCAGCGCCGCCGCGCCCGAUGCGUCCCUCCCCGCCAUUGCGAGCACUGUCGAGGGUCUCGCCUCCUUCAGCGACGUGCUCGCCGACUUCCUCCACCAGUGGAACGCCCUCCUCCUCGACGCCGACUCCAUCGCCGCCGCCCUGCCCCCGCUCGCCGACCCCGAAGCCGAUACCAACCCCGAACCCAUGCCCAUCCCCGUGGGAGACCGCGCGGGCCUCCUCGGCCAGUGCAACCCCGUCCUCGCCGCCGCCGCCGCCGCCUCCCCCCUCGCCGACCGCGUAGCGGACGAAUCCAACCCUAGAUCACCCGACCCCGUAGCCGAGCGCCGCGAGCUCAGUCCCGUGCCUGCUCCCGAGGAAGAUCCCCUCCACCAGCGGUACGAAUCCAAUCCUAGACCCGACCCGGUGGUCGAGCACCGCGAGCACAGUCCCGUGCCUGCGCCGCCGGCCGCUAGGUUCCCGGUCGCCGUCCCUGUCCCGGAGCCCGAACCUGAACCCGUCCUCCCGGUCGGGCUCGAGCCCGUUCGCGCGCCCAACCCCAUUCCCAAGCCCGCCCCCGGCCGCGAGCGCAGGGCCGGCGAGCCGUCGGCGGAGAUGCUGGGGACCAUCUGCGAGCAGAUGGGGUCGCGGUCGCUCCGCGGCUUCGUCGCCAGGCACCUGCGGGACCGCGCCUGGCUGCGCCGCGUUGGCCCGGGCGCGCUGCGCCUCGCCCCGGACCCAGCCGUGCUCGUCCUCCGCGCCGUCAGCCGCUGCUACAUCUGCGCCGAGAGCGAAAACGCCGAGACCGCCUGCGUGCUCCUCCUGGAGCUCUACUUGCGCGCGGGCUGCCCCCGCCGGCCGGAGGCGGAGGCCGAGCUGCGGGCGGAGGCGCGCGUGGCGGCGCUGUCGUGGCGCAGCCGGAUCGUGCGGGACAAGGGACAGGUCGCCGACGCCAGCCCCAGGGACGCCCGCGGCCUCAUCCUCCUCAUGGCCGGCUUCGGUGUUCCCCCCGAAUUCCCGCUGCAGGAGUUCUAUGAGCUGCUGCUUGCCGGUGGCUGCUUGACCUGCGUCGAGGUGCUCAGAUGCUCCCAGCUCUUCAUGAAGAAGCUGCGUGAUGUUGUUGCUCAUAUGCUGAACAGGGGAAUUUAUCGCGAAGCGAUCGGUGUGAUCCUUGCAUUUGACCUGCAGGAGGCGUUCCCGAUCACAGGCGUACUCACUUUCAUCGUUGACAAGGUUGUGUGCAAUAGGAAGGAGCAAGAGAGCGAGGCGGAGUGUGAUUUGGUGGGAUCGAAAGAACGUGAUGAAGAGGAGUUGCUUCUUUGGAGAUCAAUAUCGAAAUAUGUGGAGGAGCGCACACCAUGCUUUUCAGAAAUGUCUUGUCCCAGUUUUGUUGAGAGGAUUAAGGUGCUAGAAGAACGCGUUGGAAAGCCAGACCAAGUCUUUCUGAGUGAAGAGAGUCGCGAAACAAGCUUUUUCUGAGCGAAGAGAGCCAAACCAAGCCUUUCUAAUGAUCUAACAUAAAUCAUGAACUGCAGAAGCAACACCGUUACGAGCGAGGAGAGCUUAGCAGACCAGUUCUGCAGUUCAAAUACUGUAGCUCUACGAAUUCUGACAUGGAUCCGGCCGUACUGUGCUGUAUGGACUUGUAGGAAAGUCAUCCUGGGCUCCUCAAGUAUCCAUUAUACACCUGAUAGAAUUAUACUCAGCCUAGUAAGGCGCAUAUAGUAUGACAAUAUGUUGUGGGUAAACUUAAACUUGGUCGUAGCAACUGUGGCCUGUUUCCCCAAAACAGCUAGCUCGGUAAUAAUGCCGUGCUUGGAAGGGAUGGAUUUUGGGGAUUGUUCCGAAUUCGGUAUCGUCCUUCCAUUUCUCUCCCUUUCAGAACAUCAGUUCGAGACUUUGAGUGCUUUCCCUGUCUGGAAAGCCCGCAUUUACUUCGGCUCUAUAUAAAUGAAUUAUGAAGGGUCAUUUGAUUUCUAGUUA